GAGCGGGCUCUGGUGAAUCUGAGUCUCGUUUGUCAGUGCCAGUGGGAAUGCUGCACAAACUGGAUUCAGUAUUCACAGGAGGCUUUAGGGAAACGUGAUAGUUCUUCCGCCAGGUGCGAACGAACAGACUUUGCUUCCGUAGCUUCCUCGGACUUGCUGGAUGUGACGAAUCUACCGUUGCGGCACAGUGGUUAGGUGCGCAAGGCUCCAACGGGAAGCUUGUGUCAUCGGCUGUGGGAAGGACAUCUGGGCUUCGGGGGCCGCUAGUCAUGGCGGCGACUGCCCCCAGUGCCGGGGGCUCCGCGCCUGAGGCGGCGGGCUCCGCCGAAGUCCCGCUGCAGUACAGCCUUCUUCUGCAACACCUGGUGGGUGACAAGCGUCAGCCCCGGGUCCUGGAGCCUGGAAGCCUGGGCGGGAUUCCGAGUCCGGCCAAGAGUGAGGAGCAGAAGAUGAUCGAGAAGGCGAUGGAAAGCUGCGCGUUCAAAGCAGCGCUGGCCUGCGUGGGAGUACCGGGGAAAAUCAGACUGGAAGAACAGUGUCAUUAGUGGCUGUAUCACUGGAGGAGCCAUUGGUUUCAGAGCUGGCUUAAAGGCUGGGGUCAUUGGUUGUGGAGGUUUUGCUGCUUUCUCUGCUGCAAUCGAUUAUUACCUGCGGUGAGAGUGAUUA